CUAAUGACACGAUAUGAAAUAGUUACUCAGUAUUUUUCCAAAAAAAAGGAUAUAAUGCGAUUUGAGCCAAUAAUUUGUUGUGAUACUUAUUUUGCCAAUAAAUUUAUAAUUGAUUUGAAUGUAGCUGUUAGCGGGACAUAGACUAGAUUAAAGCAUGCUCAAUGCAUGAUUGCUUUGGUGCACGCUGAUUGGCUAAUUCUUAUCCAAUCAGCACUGGUCGAUAGUUGGAGAAGACUCUAGAAUCUUCUUAUGUAAAAACUAUAAAUAUACUGACGUUUUCUCUAUUGUGCUUCCUACUGGCUUCUGACUUGCUAUUCGGAAUAUAAUCUUUUUCCUGUUCAACCGUGUUCUGAUUUGGGGACUUGUCGAGUGAAUCGGUGUCCGAGAAUACUAAGCAAUAGGAAUAGCUGGGUCAUUAACCGUAAGGAGAAAGAGAUUAUAACAGUAGCUGGAUCUAACCGCGUAAGAAGAAACAGAGCUAUAACAGUGGCGACGGGGAAAAACUAAAGAAAAAUGGCAAUUUCUUUAGAACAGUUGCGGUUAAUAUUGCAGCACCAGCAGAAGUUGUUAGCCUUGCAACAACAACUAUUGAGCACACUUUUCACUCGACCAGAAAAUAAGAAAUCUGUUUAUGAUGCAGUAACAGACAUUUCAGAAGCAUAUCUAGUGGAGGGUUCAAAUCCCUUUAUACCUGAAUCAGAACGUAAUAUUUGUAACGUUUCCGGCUCACAGCAAGAAAAUCCUGUGCUGAAUGCUCAUAAAGUUGUGGCAAUACGAGAUUAUCAAGAGUCAGACCCUGUAGAUGAAGCCCGGAGUCCAGAAUUGAAUGAAGCACUACUGGUCCUGUCUAGCUCUGAAAAUAACUUUCAGCUAGAACAAAUUUAUGGUCCACGUGAUAUUAGCCAAGAAAGCUAUGAGGACUCGUAUUCAGAAAAUAACUGCAGUGACACAACGAACCCAAUUAUACUGAAUGUUACUCAAAAUCAUUGUGAGACAGAAACUCAUAUUGAAUCAGCUUAUCCGAUUUCUAAUGACAAUGUAUCAGACAUGGGUUCUCAGAACAAUGCAUGUUAUUUUGAUGAAAUUUCUUAUAAAAAUCAGGAAAAUAUAUCAGCUGAGUCAAAUUAUGGUCAAAAGUCUAAUUUAAUUUUGUUACAUGAUGAUUUCCGUAAUGAUCCAUUAUCCACUGAUGAAAUUCCUAAUGGAUUUGAAAGUAAUGCUUCAGAAAAAUUGAAAUUUGACCUCAAAUCAAAGGUCGUUCAUCACCAUCUAGUCAUUUUUAGUGGAUUCUCCAGUCAAUACGAGAAACAUGGUUUAAAUAAAGUCCUACUAGUUGUAAUUUGGAGCCAUAAGGACCCAACAUUAUUUCGAGGAGGAGGAGGAGAAUGUUGGAGAAUUAAAAGUUAUCCAUACUUUUUUUUAAAAAAAAAAAUCGAAACGCCGGGAACAGACACGUCAGUCUCUGUGCAAGGAAAAGGUGAUAAUUCUUCAUUGCCUAGACGAUGAACUAAUCGAAAGCACAAGCCAGUCACUCAGUCGCAGUUGGACCCUAACACCAGAUCCUACGAAUCUGCUCAGAGGGGAGGUGUUAGCGGGACAUAGACUAGAUUAAAGCAUGCUCAAUGCAUGAUUGCUUUGGUGCACGCUGAUUGGCUAAUUCUUAUCCAAUCAGCACUGGUCGAUAGUUGGAGAAGACUCUAGAAUCUUCUUAUGUAAAAACUAUAAAUAUACUGACGUUUUCUCUAUUGUGCUUCCUACUGGCUUCUGACUUGCUAUUCGGAAUAUAAUCUUUUUCCUGUUC